AUGGUUCACCUAAGUAAAAGAAAUAAUAUUAAAAGCUUUUUAAAUUAUUGCAAAGCGAAAUAUUUGAACCCUUUACUAAUUAAUAAAAAUGAAGACAUAAUAAAAGAAACCAGUAUUUUAAAAAAUAACAACUUGUAUAGUAGAAAGGAGUCGAAUGUUUUUAUAGAAAUAUUAAAAUCAUCCUUUAUAAAAUUUAGAGGACAAAAAAUAAACGAAGAAAUAAAUAACCAUAAUAAUAUUAUUAAUAAUAGUAGUCACAAUAAUAAUCAUAAUAUUUAUCAUGAUACAAACAAAAAAAAAAAACAACAAUAUGAAGAAAAACAUAAUGUAUUUCAUACAGAAAAUAUGCAUAAAGAAGUUUUACUAUGUAUGGAUGUUUUACAAUAUGAAGAAGAUAAAGUAAAUCGUGAAUUACAUUUAUUACAUUCUUAUUUUAAUAAAGAAAGAACAAAUAUUGAUCCUUAUACCUUAUGUGAAAGUAAAAUAAAAAAUAUUGAUGAAUAUAUAUAUAAUAUUAUUAAAACCAAUUAUAAAAACAUUGAUGAAUUUAUUACAUAUAUUUAUUUAUAUAAAGGAAAAAGAUUUAGAGUUAUCUUAAGUAUCCUAUUAAAAAAUAUAUUACAUCAUAUAGAUAAUGUUUCAAAAAUUAAAACAAAUUUUAAAAAUAGAAAUAUCCAAAGAAAAUUUUUCAAAUCAAAUAAACUCACGUCAAAUUAUUUAUCAAAUAAAUUAAAACUAUACAACUUGAAAAUAACACAAAAAAAAAACAUAUGUGAAAAAACAGUCUUAGAUAAUCAAUGUAAAAUUAUAGCUGCUUCAGAAAUUAUACAUAUGGGUUCUCUUUUACAUGAUGAUGUCAUAGAUGAUUCAAAUAAAAGAAGAGGUGUCAUAGCAUUACAUAAAAAAUUUGGAAAUAAAAUUUCAAUAUUAUCAGGGGAUUAUCUCUUAGCACGUGCUAGUUCUAUUUUUGCUGGUACGGGUUCACCAAAAAUUUGUAGAAGUUUCUCUUAUGUUGUCGAAAGUUUAAUAAAAGGAGAAUUCUUACAAAGAAAUUUAAAAUUUAAUAAUGUUGAAGAAGCACUCAAAAUGUAUUUAAUUAAAUCAUAUCAUAAAACAGCUUCUCUUUUUUCUCAUUUAUUUGCAUGUAUAGCCAUUCUAUCAUUUAAAAAUGAUACUAUUAUACAAUUAUGUUUUAAUUUAGGAUUACACAUAGGUAUGGCUUUUCAAUUAUAUGAUGAUUAUCUAGAUUAUAAAAUCGAUGACAAUACAAACAAACCUAUAUUAAAUGAUUUAAAAAAUAAUAUUAAAACAGCUCCCUUAUUAUUUUCCUAUAAUUAUAACCCUCAAGUUAUCUUACAAUUAAUUAAUAAAAAUUCAUAUACAAAUAAUGAUAUUGAAAAUAUUUUAUAUUAUAUCCAACAUUCUAAUAGUAUGAAAAAAAAUGAAUUGUGUUCAUUAUUACAUAUAAAAAAGGCAUCUGAUAUUCUAUACUCCUUAAUAUCUCAUUGUAAUAAACCUAGUACAAAUAAAAACAAUACCAAACAUGAUGAUAUAAAACAAAGUAGCGAGGCAUUAAUUAAUUUAAUCUUAAACGUGUUAUCAAGAAACGUCAAAUGA